UGAACACCCUUUCUCUCUCUCUCUCUCUCCAUUCUGCCUCCCUACCACCAGAAUAUGCAACCGCCGCCGGAGUCCGGCGAGCCCACCGGCAACGCCCUCGAGGAGUGCCUCCGCCUCCUAGACGAGCUCCCUUCCGCUGCUGCCUCCUCACCGGCUUUCCGCCGCCACUGGCCCUUUAUCUCGGCCUCCCUCUCGUCGCUCUCCGCCUCCCUCUCCCACCCCGCCUUCCCGCCCUCCGCGCCGCUCCUCACGCCCCUCGCCUCUGCGCUCUCGGCUCUCCUAUCCGUCUGCAGCGGCCCUCCUCUAGGCCACCUCCACACCGUCUCACUCCUCUCCUCCUCCUCCGCCUCCCUCUCCCAGCUCGCAGCCGACGCGCGCCUGCUCGUCUCUCCACCCUCCGCCGUGGGCGACGGCGAUGGAUCCGACACCCUGCUGCCCCGCCUCCGUCUCGGCUCCGCCGUUUCCCGCGCCGCGGCGCUGGACUCGCUCUCCGAAUCCGUCGGCUCCCUCCCGGCGCCAUCCACCGCCGCCGCCGUCUCCGCGGUCGCGGCGAUGCUCGACUCCGGCGACCUCCUCCCCGCCUCCCGCGACAAGGCCGUGUCCGUGCUCGCCGCCUUCGCGUCCUCCGACGCCGCGCGCCGGUUCCUGAUCCAGGAGUCCCCCACCGUCGUGCCCCACCUCUGCCGCGCGCUCGAGUCCGGCGGGGCCAGCGCCGAGCAGGCCUGCCUCGCCCUCGAACCCCUCACCGCCUCGUCCCGCGACGCGGCGGCGGUCGUCGCGUCGCGCGGCGGCGUGGCCGCGCUGCUCGUGGUCUGCGCCGCGGGCACCCCGGCGUCGCAGGCCGCCGCCGCGGGCGUGCUCCGGAACGUCGCCGCCUUCCCGGACCUGCUCCCCGCGUUCCGCGACGAGGGCGCGCUGCCCCUGCUGCUGCAGCUCGUCUCGCUCGGCACGCCGCGCGCGCAGGAGCUCGCGCUCGGCUGCCUCCAGAACCUGACCGCCAGCGACACGGACGAGGGACAGAGGCUCAAGGUCGAGGCCUUCCAGGAAGGCGCGCUCGGCUGCGUCAAGGACUUGCUCGAGUCGUGCCGCGGGGACGAGCCGGGCCUCGCGCCGGCGUUCGGGCUCCUCCGCAACAUGGCCUCCUUCCGCUACAUCGCCGAGAUCGCCGCCUCGGCCAGCUUCGUCGGCCACGUCGUGGCCGCGCUCGGCAGCGACAAGGCAACCACCCGCGCGGAGGCCGCCAUGGCGCUGGCGGAGCUGUGCAACGUCGGCAGCGGCAAGGCGAGGAAGGAGGUCGGGGACGCGAUGCCGAGGCUAGUCUGGAUGCUGGAGGCUAAAAUCGUCACCGAGAGGGACGCCGCCGCGAGGGCCCUGGCGGCGCUCGUCGCGGCGAGCAGCUACCGGAAGCUGUUCAAGAAGGAGGAGAUGGGCAUCGUCAACGCUGUCCAGCUGCUGGAUCCGGCCGUCCGGGGCGUCGACAAGCGGUUCCCGUUAUCGCUGCUGCUCGCCGUCUCGCGGUCCCGGCGCUGCCGGAAGCAGAUUGUGGCGGCCGGCGCGUGCGGCUUCCUGCAGGGGCUUGUGGCUGCGGAGGUAGACGGCGCCAAGGAGCUCUCCGAGUGCCUGGGCAGGGGCAAGAUGCUCGGCGUGUUCCCCCGGACGUGACGGCCGGCGAUCAUCGAUCACGCUCCAAUUUGGGCGAGGAAAUUCAUGGUCCCUGCACUGAUCGAAUCUGUAACGUGCUUUAAUCACUUCAUCUGCUGCGUGUUCUCUGUAUGAAUAUUUGUACAUGUUCUCUGUAUGAAUCUUUGUAAAGAUGUUGAGUGCUGCUGCUCACUGCCUCUA